GAUAGGAGGCGGAUCUACGAAAAUUGCCGAGCGUACGUUCGUUGUCUUCCGUCAGUACGCUCGCCGCAGUUUGGCGGCCGGUCGUGAGAAUGGUGCGCUCUGUACGUGAACAAAGAAAAAUAAUUGCUUGCAAGUGUAAAGUAGAUGAUGUCGUCUGAGCACACAAAAGUGCAGGUGGAAUACGUUAACGAGGACAAAAUCACUAAGGAGGGCAGCGGCACCCAGUCGCCCCUAGCUCUAUUGGCAGCAACGUGCAGCAGACUCGGUGCUGCCAACAUGGGGCCCGAACAGCAACAGGACAAGGAGCAACAACAUUACAGCCCACAACAACAACAGGCAGCACAACAGCAACAGCAACAACAGCAGCAACAACAACAACAACAUCAGCAGCAAGUGCAACAAGCACAACAGCAACAAGCCCAGCAACUGAUACAACAACAAGUACAAGGCGACGCUGCAACAAUCGCGGCGAUACAGCAACAGUAUCUACAGCAACAACAGCAACAGCCGCAGCUGAGGGUGAUCAGUUCAGCUGUUGUUCAACAAUUACGUGCCCAGGGGCUUUCAGGCAAUGAAUUAUCAGCGGCUAUUGUCAAUGCAGCUAAUACAGUUCCAAAUGGCAUACAAGUACAACCACAGGUGUUAUCAAUGCAGCAACUACAAUCGUUGCUAGGCGGCGGGGUGGUGGCUGGCGAAGGCACCACAUACCAGAAUACACCGCAGCAGUUGCUACAAAUACACCCACAGUUGUUACAGCAACAGGCGGGUGGGGUGUACGGCGGCUGUCUCGUGGGUGGUGUGGGCGGCGUGGGUGGCGUGAGCAGCGUGGGCGGCGUGGGCGGCGUGCCCAUGCAGGCCGUCACUGUCGACGGACAGGAUGCGCUCUUCAUCCCCGCUCAGCACGCGCAGAAUUUCUCUGGAAUGGGACAAGUGAGUCUCGUGAACGGACAGCUAGUACGAACACCUGUGUUACCUGCUGGGUUCCUACAAAAUGUUAUGCAUUUACCUACGGAACAGCAGGCAACCGUCACCAUCCCCGGCACUAACCUAUCCAUUCCUCUAAGCGCUUUGACCGGGAACCAGCCCAUGAUCACAAUCCCGGGAUCCAAUAUCACGAUUCCAGCGGGAAUCCAAAUACCGACAAGUCAGGCGAUAUCGAUCCCUAGCUCGGCAGGCGUUCAGAUGCCUGUGGCGAGCGUGGCGACUGUGGCCAACGCCGGCGUCCAGUUGGCGAAUGGGGGGGAAGUGAAGAACGGGGGGAAAUCGAAGGAAAUCAAGCAACCGACCAGCCCCGGACAAGGCGGCGGUGUGGCAGUCCGCGGCGGCGUGGGCUCCGUGGGCGGCGUGGGCAUGGUCCCAGUGCAGGUCCCGGUCUCCGUCGCCAACGGACACACAGUGUACCAGACUGUACACCUGCCGAUGCACUCCCAACACCUACAAAUCAUACCUCAGCUACAGCAGAUGCAAGCUCAACCUCAGGUGGCUAACGUGCUCACGCCGUCCGGUCAAAUACAACAGAUACAAAUUGCGUCACUCGCUAAUGUACAGCAAAACGGAGGUACCCAGACGACGGUCAGUGCAGCUCCCACUCCCGCCACCAUCACGUUACAGGUGCCAACCCUAGGUGUGGGCGGCGUGGGGGGCGCGGUACAGCUAGUGCCGGCUCUAGGGCUGCCCGGCGUACAGCUGGCGCAGUUAGCGCAUCAGCCGCAAGCUCAGGCGCAGCCUGUCAUAGGGCAACAGAUCCAGCAGGAUCCGAACGAGCCGGGCAAGUGGCAGGUGGUGGUGAACAACGGGGUGUCGAGCGGCGGGUCGGGGUCGACGGGCGGCGGCAGCCCGGGCCCGGCCGCCGUCACGGCCGUCGUCAGCGCCGAGUGCGAGGCCAGCAAGCAGCGCGCCGCCGCCGGCAGCCCCAGCGGCGUCAAGCGCCUCAUGAAGCGCGUCGCCUGCACCUGCCCCAACUGCGACCUCGGCGAGAACCGGCUGGUAGAUCGUAAGAAGCAGCACCUGUGCCAUAUCCCGGGCUGUAACAAAGUGUACGGCAAAACCUCGCAUCUUCGCGCCCAUCUCCGCUGGCACUCCGGGGAGAGGCCAUUUCUCUGCAACUGGCUCUUCUGCGGGAAAAGGUUUACGCGAUCGGAUGAGUUGCAACGACACCGGCGCACACACACGGGAGAGAAGCGAUUUGAGUGUCCCGAGUGUAGCAAACGGUUUAUGAGAUCCGACCACCUAGCGAAACACGUGCGGAUUCACGCCAAGAACAGGCUAACACAACCCGAUCAUUCCCAGACAAACCAGCUGUACUCGGAUUCCGGCGACGAUAGCUGCGACGAGAAGAUGACCCUCACUAUAGAAACUAUCCAUGCGGAGGGCGACGAGGACAAACUAGUGAUGGUGCGUCAGGGAGCCAAAAUAGAGACCGAACACGUGGACAGCUAGGAACACCAGAGCGACGAAUAAACACGUCGCGCGAUUAUGAACUCUACAGCCUAUGGUAUAAGGUUGGUACGCUC